AUGGGUUAUUGUGUUCAGCAGAUUGUUUCCUGGUAUCAAAAGAAAAUUGGAACUUAUGAUAAGCAAGAAUGGGAAAAGACUGUAGAACAAAGGAUUUUAAGUGGUUUUACUCAUGUGCCAAAGAAGACAGCAAAACUCAAAACAGAACUAAUAGAUGUAGACCUUGUAAGAGGUUCUUCAUUUACCAAAGCGAAGCCAAAGGGUGGGCUUAUGACCGUAACUCGACUUGGCAUUACCAGAUUGCUAUUCCUUCCUGCAUAUGCUGAAUGGUGGUGUUCUCAAACCUCUUCUAAGCUCUUUGCGCUUCUCCUUCUUCUUUAUAUACUUCAGGUUAUAAAUACUUCACUCUAUUUUCUCCUCCCUGAAGAAACUAUACAGCUUAUACCUGGAAGUGAGGUUGCAAUCCCAGCAGCUAUGAUGGUAUUGCUAACUAUCCUCCAUUCCCAUAUUGUAUCGCCGCGCUCGGCUGGAGGGAAAGAGCUUGCUCCGUUUGACACCAAAGCUCGCAGGAUCAAGAGAACAAAAAGGAGGGGUAGGCUUAGUUCAGAUAAGGUCUCAGAUCCUUCUGCAGCGUAUGGAGGCUUCCCCGAAGCUACUAGUAAAUUUAGCAAAAGAGUUAGACUGAGAAAGUUAUCUUUUGAAGAUAGUUCUAAAACAACAACAACAAGGAGGAGGAGGAGCGUGGCUUGGGAUACUAGUCCUUCAAAACUUCAUCUAAGUCUUAACGAGUCUGUUAGAAAUCAAUCCCCAGAGCCGCAAAUGAUCGAAGAGGCUGUUGGAGGAGGAAGUCCUGGUGAUGAUGAUGGAUUUGAAAGUUUAAAUUCUCAAGGUUCAAGCGAAGAUGUUCAAGCCGUUCAACCACCAGAAGGCCCAGAAGCAGUUUUUAGAAACAAUUGGUUGGAACAGUCAGCUAGAAGAGCUUCUAUUGGUGUGAACGAGGCCAGCUCAGGAGAAACAGAUCACAAAGAUUCUGAUUCAGACAAUUCUACUAAACCGAACCAGAGGUUGUUAUGCAGAAGAAGAGGGUCUCAGCAGGUCCUCCAUGUUGGCCUGCCGCCGCCUCCGGCCGUCGUCGACCACUCCUCGUGCAACUCGAGCGAAGAGGAAGGCGGUGAAGGAGGUAGCCUGUGCCCCGCCCUCACAGAGGGCACCACCAGCGCGGCCGAAUGGAUCGGUAUCACUACCAAUUCGGACGACUGCUCGGUCAGCUCUGAGGGAGAUGAUCAUCCUUUUGCUUCUGAAUUUCAUACUUCCCCUUGUGCUAUUUUGAGUCCUAGUUGUGCUGCAUCGGAUAGAGUAAGUUGCACGAUGUGGGAGAAGAAAGAAGUUAAAAAAGCAGAUUUGUCUGUUUUAGACAUCAGUUCUGCCAUAAUAGCUCGUGUAGAAGCAAUGCCAGAAAACAUGGAUUAUUUCUAUGUAGGCAUGCUUGGUGCUAUCUUGGCUGGCUUGGUUCCUGCACUGUGCCGCCUUGUGGACGCCAAAGUCCACAAAUCGGUAGCCGUAGAUUUAAUCAAUGCAAAUUGGACUGCUUCUCAUUACAUAGGAGAGUAUUUAGCAUCAGGUUGUGAGUCAGCUUUCGGUCCAAACAAAUGGACAAAAGUUAUCUCUUUAAAUGCACUUGUCGAGAGAACAGUAUUGUCUUCUCUGUUUUUCUUCUUGGUCACAGUCGCUGAAAGGACUUUCAAACAAAGGUUCCUCUAUGCCAAGUUUUUUUCACACUUGACAUCGUUUAGACGGGCUCGGAAAUCUGAGUUGCCCCAUUUUAGACUUAAUAAAGUUAGAAACAUAAAAACAUGGCUUUCAGUACGAUCAUAUCUUAGAAAAAGAGGGCCACAGCAUUCAGUUGAUGUAAUAGUAUCAUCAGUGUUUCUUCUUACAAUAUUUUUACUUGGAUUUAUAAGCGUUGAAUAUCUGAAGGAUUCUGACAUAAUGAAUAGUCAAUCUACUGUAGAAGCUCUCUUAUGGGGCAUGAUCCUUGGGUGUUUCUUAUUGCGUUUCAUGACACUUGGUACAAAGAUAAAUCGCAAAUAUCGUAAUUUGUCUGUCCUCAUUACGGAGCAGAUAAAUUUGUAUUUACAAAUUGAACAGAAACCGAACAAAAAAGAGGAACUUAUGGUGGCAAAUAGUGUAUUAAAGCUUGCAGCUGACCUAUUAAAGGAGCUGGAAUGUCCUUAUAAGAUUUCCGGUAUUUCUGCAAACCCUUACCUGUACACAAUUACUAAAGUUGUCAUCCUAAGUGCAGUUUCUGGCGUUCUUUCAGAAAUGUUGGGUUUCAAACUUAAACUGCAUAAAAUCAAAAUUAAAUGA